CUGCAUCCACCAAGGGCAUAUGGUGUUUUCAUGGGAAAGCGCGAUCAUUCUCUUGACUUUGGACUUGGUUUACUGAACCCCUGAACAGAGCCGAGAUUUCUAAGAGACCACCUGUGCCCACAGCACUUGAUCUAUCAAGAUCCAAGUGGGGAAAACGUAAGGAGCUGUGCUGCGACUGCUACCUGGGGUCCGUUCAGGGAGCAGGAGUGUCUAAAUAUGAGUGCUAAAAACUGGGUAUUAAUUCCUACCACUACAUCCCAAAGUCUGGAAGACGAGGUUCUGGGAAGACUUCUGAAAAUUCUCUUUGUUUUAUUUGUUGACUUAAUGUCGAUCAUGUAUGUUGUCAUCACUUCCUAGGCUCUUGGCUGACUUCCUUUACUCCACAUGUACAUUUCAAACUGAAUCC